AUUUCUAGAGAGAGAAACAAGCAAAACAAAGAUAAGUAUUAAGAAACUAGAUAAACAGCGAAACAUACGCUUACAUAUACAAAUUUGUGUUGAUUGUAUAUUUCAAAAGAAAAAAAAAACUCCCUGACGACCAGAAUUCCUCCAUCGCAUCGUCUACCAUAAAUGAAAUCCAUUCAUCUUCUCUAACAUUUCCCUCAAGCUGUGCAGGGGGUAUUGGUAGACGUUUACGCCUCUUGCGUAGCUUGAAAAAAAAAAAAAAAAAAAUGGCGAAAUGCUUGAGCCUAACGAGUCCGGUGAGAUGCCUGAGCCUAACCGGAUCGGCGGAUUUUCUGUACCGGAGCUUCUUCUCCUAUUCGGGGCUCCGAUCGGUGAAAACGGAUCUGAACGACGGCGGCACCACCAUGCACUGCUGGGUCCCCAAAUCGCACAAGGAAUCGAAGCCUAAUCUCCUAUUGGUCCACGGCUUCGGCGCCAACGCCAUGUGGCAGUACGGCGAAUUGCUCCGCCACCUAAUGCCGCGGUUCAACAUCUACGUGCCGGACCUCUUAUUCUUCGGCGAAUCGUCGACGACGCGGCCGGAGCGGAGCGAGGCGUUCCAGGCGCAGUGCGUGAUGCGGCUGAUGGAGGCGCACGGGGUUGAGAAAAUGAGCCUCGUGGGGAUCAGCUACGGCGGAUUCGUAGGGUACAGCAUGGCGGCGCAGUUUCCCGAUGCGGUGGAGAAGGUGGUGCUGUGCUGCACCGGGGUUUGUUUGGAGGAGAAGGAUUUGAGGGAGGGGCUUUUCGAGGUGGCGGAUUUGGAUGAGGUGGCAAGUAUUCUGAUGCCGCAGACGCCGGAUAAAUUGAGGGAGCUGAUGAAGUUCGCGUUUGUUAGGCCUGUUAAAGGGGUUCCUUCCUUCUUCCUCUCCGAUUACAUUGAUGUUUUCUGUACAGAUCAUGUGGAGCAGAAAAGGGAACUCAUCCAAGCUUUAAUCAAUGACAGGCAGCUCACCAAGAUUCCUAAGAUAGAACAGCCUACAUUGAUAAUAUGGGGAGAGCAAGACAAAAUCUUUCCAUUGGAGUUGGGGCACAGGCUCAAAAGUCACAUAGGGGACAAUGCAAAAUUGGAAGUGAUAAAGAAUGCAGGACAUGCUGUGAACAUUGAGAAGCCCAAGGAUUUUGCAAAGCAUUUGAAGUCGUUUCUCGUCGGUUCCAAUUCGUCGUCUCAACGCUACAAGACUCUCUUCUGGAGCAGCCCUUGACACCGUACACGUAUAUAUACAUCCUCCUCUCACUUAUCGAAACAACUUUUAAACAUAUUCUUGAUUCAUACUAAUCUCCAUUCACCUUUUUU